GAGAGAGGUUGCGCGGAGGGGGAUGGGUCGAGACUGGUUAGCAUGGAAGAACCUUGAGGGUUCUGAGGCACCAGAGGAUGUCCUUUGACCGCCUUGAUGAGUCACGUGGGCUGACGGGGGCGGGGCGGAAAGGCUGGAUAAGUUCCUUCCGGGUCAGUGACAGAAGCGUGGACUCCGCUGAGUAGUUGCUGGCGUCUUGGUCCGCUCCGCGUCUUCCUCGUAUCAACGCGAGGUGAUUGUGGUUUCCACGAUGAGCUCCCAGAAAGGGAACGUGGCUCGUUCCAGGCCUCAGAGGCACCAGAAUACGUUUAGCUUCAAAAAUGACAAGUUUGAUAAGAGUAUUCAGACCAAGAAAAUUAAUGCAAAGCUUCAUGAUGGAGUCUGUCAGCGCUGUAAAGAAGUUCUUGAAUGGCGUGUAAAAUACAGCAAAUAUAAACCAUUGUCAAAGCCUAAAAAAUGUGUUAAAUGUUUACAAAAAGCAGUGAGAGAUUCUUAUCACAUAAUGUGUAGACCAUGUGCCUGUGAACUUGAAGUUUGUGCAAAAUGUGGAAAGAAAGAAGACAUUGUUAUUCCGUUUAAUAAAGAACCAGAAAAGACAGAAAAUCCUGAAAGUAAUCUACGUUCCAACCCUAGAAGUUGCAGAAGAAAUGAAGAAGAAAGUGAUGAUGAUUUAGAUUUUGAUAUUGAUUUAGAUGACACAAAAGACAAUCAAGGGGAUUAAUAUAUUCAAAGUCAGUUUGAAAACAUGAAAUUCUGAACAACUUUUGACUUUUGAGGGUUUUACACAAAAAUACUGUGAAAUCCUAAUGAGAAAAAUAGCAAAAACCUAUAUAGAAAACAGGCAAAAUUCACACAUGGACUAUAUAACUUAUGCAUGAUACUUGGAUGAUUAUGAAACUUUCAUUUAGUGUUUUCUUACAAUACAUUUUUUAAAAAAGUUUUUUA